UUUUCUGCCUUUUAAGGCCUUUUGUUUUUUCGUUUUCAUCCCCUUUAAAGAAAAUCCGGUAAUUUCGUGGGAACCAAAAUACAAUGAAUUAGAGUACCUUGCACCUCCCUCCCCCUCUAUAUAUACACAUCCACAUUCGACCAGCCCUGCACUGGGUCCCUAAUAAUUUAACUUCCGAAAAACAAUUUCACAAAUUACUUUCAUUUCGUUUUCAAAUACUAUUGCAGAAGCCAAGAUGGUGGUCGGCUUUGAGAAGGCAGCUUCCGCUACCAAAUCCGUCAUGCCGUCCGGCAAAAAGACGCCUGCUACUCUCUCCUCGGACUCUGUCAUCAACUUUGCGCGUGGUGAUCCGACGAUGUACCAUUCAUACUGGAGCAAGUUGGAAGACAGGUGUACGAUGGUGAUCCCCGGCAAUGAUUUGAUGAGCUACUUCAGCGACGCGGGGAACUUGUGCUGGUUUUUGAUGCCAGAGCUGGAUCAUGCCAUCAGGAGAUUGCACCGUGUGGUUGGGAAUGCAGUCGCUGAUGAUGAUCGAUUCAUCGUGGUGGGAACUGGCUCAACCCAGCUCUUCCAGGCUCUGCUUUAUGCUCUCUCUUCUCCUGAUGAGCCUGAGCCCAUCAGUGUGGUAGCCGCUGCGCCCUUCUACUCGUCAUAUCCAGAGGAGACGGAGUUCCUGCGCUCAGGGCUGUACAAAUGGGCAGGUGAUGCAUACUCCUUUGAUAAAGAUGGACCUUACAUAGAGGUGGUCACUUCACCCAACAACCCUGAUGGCGCAAUUCGAGAAGCUGUGGUGAAUCGCGAAGGUGGCAAACUUAUUUAUGACCUAGCUUACUAUUGGCCUCAAUACACGCCCAUUACUCAUAGGGCUGACUACGAUGUUAUACUCUUUACCUUCUCCAAAGCCACGGGACAUGCUGGCUCUCGCAUUGGUUGGGCUAUUGUUAAGAAUAAAGAAGUCGCCACCAAGAUGGUUAAAUUCAUAGAGCUGAGCAGCAUUGGCGUAUCCAAAGAAUCCCAGCUCCGGGCUGCCAAGAUUCUAGGAGUGAUCAGCGACGACUGCCAGGAUUCUGGGCCUAACAAAGAAGAAAAUUUCUUUGAAUAUGGGUAUCGCCUCAUGUCUGAAAGAUGGGAAAAGCUGCGGGAAGUGGUUGAACGUAAUGGAGUUUUCAGUCUGCCCAAGUACCCUCAAGAUUAUUGCAACUUCAGUGGAAAAUACACUGAUCCCAGCCCUGCCUUUGGAUGGUUGAGGAGCAAGGAAGGCUUGAACUGCGACAAUCUCUUAAGAGAGCAUAAUAUAGUCACAAGGGGCGGGACGACUUUUGGCGUUGGAUCCAAGUACACUAGGAUUAGCAUGCUGAGUCCUGAUGAGGAGUUUAACCUUUUCUUGGAGAGGUUGUCAGCCAUCAAAGGGACGGCAAAGGAAAUUGUUAUUGAUGAUAGGCUGAGGGAGAAAUUAAAAAGCCUUUGAUCAUCGUAGGCGUAUAUGGUCAUUAAACCUUUUGGUACAUGGAACGCAUGUAGACUCUACUCUUUCGGAAUUGAGAAUGCUUAUUGUGGCAGCUAGAGUGGAAAAAGAGAGAGAGACAGUAAUUUAUUUAUUUAUUUAUUUAUUUUAAAAAAAUGCGAGACAGUAAUUCAUUUACAAUCCUCUUAUGGUUUCAACAGUGGACGCUAUCUAUAUAUCAUAGCUAGUUUCAAGGAUUUUAUGCAGCUUAUGUAAUUAUAAGCAAUUCAAUAUGUUUUUCUUCACGAUGCGGUCUUGCAAAAAUUAUUUGUACUUGAU